UAGACAGGUCAGGUGCGCCAAAUAUGGUCACCAAAACAUUUGCGCAUGGACAUGUGGGCUGAGUCUUAUUACAUCACAGCGGGUGAUAAAAUAAAAACCCCUCAUAGAAGUUCACCCGAGUAGAGACACUGACGGCUGAUCCCCUGCAGAAAACAACUGGGAGGAGAAGUUCAUCCAGCGAUUCAGCCUUAACCCGUUGAGAUCUGUAGACAUGGAGAUAUACGCUAAAGACAUCAAAAAACCCAAAGCAUCGAUAUUUUCCAACAUCAAGCUGUUUGUCCUUUGCCAUGGUCUGCUCCAGCUCACCCAGCUGCUGUACAGCUCCUACUUCAAGAGCACCAUCACCACCAUCGAGCGGCGCUUCGGCCUCAACAGCUACUCCUCAGGCACCAUCUCCUCUCUGCAUGAGGUGAGCAACACAGUGCUGAUUGUCUUUGUGAGUUACCUGGGAAGCCGGGUGCACCGCCCACGCUUCAUCGGAUUUGGGAGUCUUCUGAUGUCAGUCAGCGCGUUGAUUCUAGCCCUACCUCAUUUCCUGUCUGAGAAUUACGCGUAUGACACUGUGAUGCAUGCGGACCGUCGGGACUUGUGUGUGCCCCGUCUCAACUCCUCCAGUGCCGAUGUGUGUGGGCAGGACGAUGCCAAGCGCCUGGUGGACACCAGCAGCCUGUGGCUGCUCAUGGCCACUGCCCAGCUGCUCUUUGGCAUCGGUUCCGUGCCCAUCCAGCCCUUUGGCAUCUCCUACAUCGACGACUUCGCUGGCCCGGGCAACUCUCCGCUCUAUAUUGCCAUUCUCUUUGCUGUGUCUGUGUUUGGGCCUGCCAUUGGAUACCUUCUUGGCUCAGUGAUGCUGAGGAUCUAUGUAGAUGUUGACAGAGUGAAUACAGCCAUGCAGGAGUUGACCCCAGCUGACCCCCGCUGGGUGGGGGCGUGGUGGAUGGGGCUCCUGGUGUCCUCAGCCGGCCUGGCCCUCGCCUCCAUCCCCUACUUCUUCUUCCCACGCAGCAUGCCCCGCGAGAACGGCCUAGUGGACGACGACAUCAUGGGCGAUGACUCCAAGCGGCUGGACGGCUCCAUGCUGGCAUUCCUGAAAAUGUUCCCGCGGUUGUUUGUGCGUCUGCUGCUGAGCCCUCUCUUCCUGCUGCUGGUACUGACCCAGUGUUGCUUCUCGGCGGUGGUGGCCGGCCUCGCCACCUUCCUCAACAAGUUCCUGGAGCGCCAGUACAGCACCUCCCCCUCCUACGGCAAUCUCCUCAUAGGUGCGGUGAACCUGCCGUCGAUGGCCGUGGGGAUGCUGCUGGGCGGCGUGAUCAUGAAGCGCACGGGUCUGUCGCUGCGGGUCAUCCCCCGCUUCUCUGUGGCCAUGCUCGUCAUAUCUGUCCUGCUUUGCGUGCCGCUCUUCUUCAUGGGCUGCCCCACGCAGACCAUCUCAGGGGUCUACCCCAGGCCCCGGCUCAACGAGCCAGUGCCCGCAUGCUACUCCGACUGCUCCUGUGCCACCAGUGCCUUUAACCCAGUGUGCGGAUCCAACAACGUGGAGUACAUCUCCCCCUGCCAUGCUGGCUGCAGCAACUACACCAAAGACCCCACAAACUCCUACAGAGUCCAGGCGUACACCAACUGCAGCUGCAUUGGUGGCGUUGGGGCUUCUGCUCGCCCUGGUUCCUGUGGCAACAGCUGUCGCCAUUUCCUGCUCCCGGUCAUGUUCCUCAUCUCACUGGCAGCCCUGAUCGCCAGCCUCACUCACAACCCCAUCUACAUGAUGGUGCUCAGGACAGUACCUCAGGGGGAAAAGUCCUUUGCCAUUGGUGUGCAGUUCCUUCUCAUGCGGGUUUUGGCCUGGUUGCCAGCCCCUGCCCUGUUUGGGAUGACCAUUGACUCUACCUGCAUCUGGUCUAGGAAGAUCUGUGGGAAGAAGCUGGCCUGUGGUUACUAUGACAACAACUUCCUUAGGAACAGAUAUUUGGGACUUCAAGUCGGCUUCAAAAUUAUGGGCAUUGCCUUGCUGGCAAUCGUCGGCUGGAAGGUACAGCGCACCAGAGAGUACACCCUGGAGAAGUGUCCAGAGGGACCCCUGUGAAGCUGUAGACUCCCCA